AAUGAGGCAGUGAAAAAAAUGGCCCAAGGGUCAUUGAAAGGGGUUUAGGCAGAAACCCCCCUGUGCUGUGUGGGGGCCCUGGCUAUGGGGCCCUUACUUCUCUAUGUACUGCAGAGCAGAGUUUUUAUGGGGAGACCCCGCUCCAGCCUGUGCAGACGGCUCCUCUCCACUGCAGAGUCCCUCCCAGGGGGAGGAGGAGGGGAGCCCCUAUGAGCAGGGUGCUUCUUGUAAAGUUUCCUGUGCUUGUUACAGGGCGGGGAGUUUGCUCACAUUUACAGAGCCGCGGUGACAAUGAGAGGCAGUGACAAGGACACGUUGGUGCCAGACUCAUCCUGACUGCUAGGAGGAUGGCGGGGGGAUCCCCACUCACCCCUGCUUGGCAGAGCUGGGCAUCCCUGCUGUACGCUCAGUGCUGCUGCAACACCACAGCCUGCUGACUGGCACCGUGGAGCAUGCCAGGCUCCAGAGAAAGUGCCACCUCGAAAGCUGCACCCCCUCCAGACGCUGCUGCUGCCAUCAGACACAGGUACCCAGGAGCACCCCAUUAGCGUGCAGCACUGAGAUGCUCGCCAGUCCAUCUCUAUGGAUAUAACAAAAGAAAUCUACCAUCUGAACUACAGCCAUCGGGACGAGGUGUCGCCCGGCUGCGCCGCGCAGGGAUCCGGCUGGAGGAACGCGCAGGUCUUCAUGCGUCGUCGGCCCCAGGACUGCCUGAGCCUGCUGGAGAUUGCCCUGGUGUUAAAUACUAUGGGGUGCAUCCAUAGCCUAAGCUGCAAACCCAAAGUCUUCCGAGAGACUAUCGCCGUGCUGGACGUCAAAGCCUCCAUCGACUCCACCCCCACCAGCAUCGACGAGUCCUCCAGCGUCGUCCUCCGAUACAGGACCCCCCAUUUCCGAGCCAGCGCCCAAGUCCUGGUGCCUCCGAUCUCUGGGAAAGACUCGUGGCGAGUGGGCUGGAUCCAGGCCUGUAACCACAUGGAGUUCUACAAUCACUACGGGGACCUGGGAAUGUCUAGUUGGGAACUUCCGGAUCUCCUGAGUGGUAAGAUCCCCGCCAUCAGUGACUCAGACGGCGUCAACUACCCCUGGUAUGGCAAUACCACCGAGACCUGCACUGUUACCGGCCCCACCAAGCGGGACACCAAGUUUACCGUCAGUAUGAAUGACAACUUCUACCCGAGCGUGACGUGGGCAGUGCCUGUCAGCGCUUCCAAUGUGCCUAUGUUGACUGGCAUCCAGAGGGACCAAAGUUUUACCACUUGGCUGGUGGCCAUCAACCUGUCCAGUGGUGACCUGGUCAUCCUGCACACCAUCAAGUGGAGGAUGAAACUGGAGAUCGAGGUCAAGCCGACCUUACCGCUGGGACAACGAGCCAAACUACAGGAACCUUUUGCACAGGAACAGCCACGAGUCCUCAACAAGAACGAGCCCGUACCUCCCAGCGCUCUUGUGAAACCAAAUGCCAACGAUGCCCAGGUGCUUAUGUGGAGGCCUAAGAACAAACCAGCCGUGGUCGUGAUACCCCCAAAGAGGCGGUGAACCCAGCAAACCAGGCAAUAGCUGCUAAGAAAAGACUUAACAACCAAAAUCCUCGCCUAAGGUCCUGCUGUUAUUUUGUGCAGUUCUCAGGGCAUCACUGUGGUAUUUUAUGCUGGUGGACCUUGGUUUGGGACACGAUGACACUGAAGGUGGUAGUUUCUGUAGACCCUCCACCAGCUUUUAUCGGGCGCCCGGUCUGCCCGCUGCACUGCUCCAUGUCAGGUUGGACGUACAGUCCAUUCUUUCCCAUGACGCAUGAAGCUCGAGACGUUCUCCGUACUUCAUUCUCGUGUGAUAUUUAUGACUUUUUUCCCCCCACAAAUGUUGUUCUCAUCGUCAAGAAGUUGCCAAAAGAUCCUCAGCUCCCUCAACCCCCUAAGAGGCACUGUUCUUGUCUGCCUUUCAUAAAGAUGGAGGACUUUGGAGUAGACCUUAGUGAAGCUGAGCUAUGGGUGGAGACCUUGAUGAACCUCAGGUAUUGGAGUAAGCUUUAGUGUAGCUAUAGUAUGAGGCGGGCUUUAUUGAAGCUGAGGUAUGAGGUGGGCUUUAUUGAAGCUGAGGUAUGAGGUGGGCUUUAUUGAAGCUGAGGUAUGAGGUUGGGUUUAUUAAAGCCGAGGUAUAAGGUGGGUUUUACUGAAGCUGAGGUAUGAGGUGGGCUUUAUUGAAGCUGAGGUAUGAGGUUGGGUUUAUUAAAGCCGAGGUAUAAGGUGGGUUUUACUGAAGCUGAAGUAUGAGGUGGGCUUUAUUAAAGCUGAGGUAUGAGGUGGGCUUUAUUAAAGCUGAAGUAUGAGGUGGGCUUUUUUAAAACUGAGGUAUGAGGUGGGCUUUAUUGAAGCAGAGGUAUGAGGUAGGCUUUACUGAAUCAGAAGUAUGAGGUGGGCUUUAUUAAAGCUGAGGUAUGAGGUGGGCUUUAUUAAAGCUGAAGUAUGAGGUGGGCUUUUUUAAAACUCAGGUAUGAGGUGGGCUUUAUUGAAGCAGAGGUAUGAGGUAGGCUUUACUGAAUCAGAAGUAUGAGGUGGGCUUUAUUAAAGCUGAGGUAUGAGGUGGGCUUUAUUAAAGCUGAGGUAUGAGGUGGGUUUUACUGAAGCCGAGGUAUGAGGUGGGUUUUACUGAAGCCGAGGUAUGAGGUGGGUUUUACUGAAGCCGAGGUAUGAGGUGGGUUUUACUGAAGCCGAGGUAUGAGGUGGGUUUUACUGAAGCCGAGGUAUGAGGUGGGCUUUAUUAAAGCUGAGGUAUGAGGUGGGCUUUAUUGAAGCAGAGGUAUGAGGUGGGCUUUACUGAAUCAGAAGUAUGAGGUGGGCUUUAUUAAAGCCGAGGUAUGAGGUGGGUUUUAUUAAAGCCGAGGUAUGAGGUGGGUUUUAUUAAAGCCGAGGUAUGAGGUGGGUUUUAUUAAAGCCGAGGUAUGAGGUGGGUUUUAUUAAAGCCGAGGUAUGAGGUGGGCUUUAUCGAAGCAGAGGUAUGAGGUAGGCUUUACUGAAUCAGAAGUAUGAGGUGGGCUUUAUUAAAGCCGAGGUAUGAAGUGGGUUUCACUGAAGCCGAGGUAUGAGGUGGGCUUUAUUGAAGCCGAGGUAUGAGGUGGGUUUUACUGAAGCCGAGGUAUGAGGUGGGCUUUAUUAAAGCCGAGGUAUGAAGUGGGUUUCACUGAAGCCGAGGUAUGAGGUGGGCUUUAUUAAAGCUGAGGUGUGAGGUUGGGUUUUAUUAAAGCCGAGGUAUGAGGUGGGUUUUAUUGAAGCCGAGGUAUGAGGUGGGCUUUAUUGAAGCCGAGGUAUGAGGUGGGCUUUAUUAAAGCCGAGGUAUGAGGUGGGCUUUAUUAAAGCCGAGGUAUGAGGUGGGUUUUAUUAAAGCCGAGGUAUGAGGUGGCUUUUACUGAAGCAGAAGUAUUCUGUUCAUUAAAGCCUACCUCAUACUUAUUAAAGUGAAGGUAUGAGGUGGGCUUUAUUGAGCUGAGGUAUGAGGUUUGUAGUGCGGCACGGCUGAUGGAACGCUGUUGAUAGGCCAAUCUCAGGGGUAAUAUAGAUAGCAGGGGGAUGGGCGAGCAUUGCAGGGCAUUGCUUCCAUGUCCCUUACUUGAUGCAGCUGCUUAUUUAUUUUUUGAGAAUUAUGGUACAAAUGACAACACAUGAGCCGCUGCCAUCAGGGCAGUACUGGCGGUCCUGCAGUCAGGGGCCCGGACUGAUCUGUGACAUUGGCCGCCUCAUGAAUAUUCACUUCUGUGCAGUAAAUAGUAGUAAGGCGGCAUCUCCUGCUCCAGAUGGGGGGGGGGGGGGCCUUCCCCAGCACAGAGAUGUUUUACUAAAGAAACAAAUUGACAGACCUUCUGUGUAGCAGGCAGGAGACUUACCAUCACACUAUAGUCCUGCCAUUCUGAGGAGACAGUAUUAUUAUUUUGUGCUUAAGGAGCUGUUUUCUUCACAGACCUAAUAUUAAAUAAAUAGUAUAUUACUGAAAUGGAGAAAACUUAUGGCAUUUUUAUUUACAUAAAUAAUGUGUUCUCAAAACUGUAGAAGUUAACAAAAAUGUUUUCAUUUCCUGUAGGCAGCACAGUCACGAAUGGGUUAAAGCCCUCUAGGUAACUAGACAGAGACAGGUUAAUAAACAGUAGUGAUCAAUAAACCAAUCGCCAUGGCCCCUAUAAACCUCAGCAGGAGGAAGGAGCCGGUGUCCUUCAGCGGUGCUGCCUACGGACUGCAGGAAAUCACAAUUUCAGGUAAAUACAUUUUCCUGGAUGUCCUACGGCAGCACGGUCACGAAUGGGACUUAUAAGGCAGUGUAUGUUGUGAGGAUGCCCAGCUUGUGAUCCUUCAUCUAUGGCGAAGAUGGUGACCAGUGGUACGUGGCCCAGAUCAGCCCAGUGUGUGGCAGCUAAGCGGGCAGAGUGACUGAUGAAACUGGUAGCAUUUCUCAACAGAUCCCCUGAGCUGGUGGCAUUACUUGUUCUCUGGCCCUUGAUGCUGAAGAAACAGGGUCUCAGAUGUUCUGAAGGUCACUGUCCUUUCCAUAUAUAUUAAAGGGCUUGUCCCACCAUUUUACCCAGGCAGCCCCUGAUAUGAGCAUCGGAGCAUUUCAUGUGUUCCCGGUGACGUCACUG